AAAUGAGCCGGAAGUGAACCUUGGGUUGGGCGACGUAGCAGCUGCGAUCGGAGCCAGAGGGCCCCGGUGGUUCUUUGAGGCGUGUGGGAGCGCGUUCAAGCAUUGUCUCGCGUAUCAUUCCUCCGCUUGGGCACUUGUGACAGACGCGGCCUGGAGACGCCUCAGAGACUUGUCUGGGUCUCCCCGCCGGGUGGGACGCGGCUCCACGCGUGAACCCCUCCUGCCAGCCAGAAUCCGGUCCAGGGGGCGGCAGGCGGGAAAGAGCAGGCCGUUACCAGCAGCGAAGGAGGCCAGAAAAGGUUCAUUUAGACUAAAAAAAUUAAAUUAAAAUUAGAAAUAAAUCCCAACACAAAAUAUGGUGAAAGAUGCUCCCCAGAACCAUAAACACAGAACCCAGGAAAAUGGGAAAAUUCGGAAAUCUGAAUCUGCACCCUGGAGACCGGAGCCUGCUGCAAGUGACCAGUGAAUCUACACAAUCUGCAGCUUUUCCAAUUGUCACCAACAGCUGAGAGGUCUUCCUUCUCCUCCUUUGGGAGCAUUUAGAAAUUUAUCAUGCUGGACCUUGUGAAGAUUGAACUGGAGGACCUUUACUGAACCUGCUUGCAUUGUCCAACACAAGAAGGACAAUCGGGCAUUCCUCUGAAAUGAAUGAGGACAGACUGCAAUGUUUGUAGAACCUGCAGCUCCACUGGAUGGUCAUGGGCAGCAGCAGUCACUGUACUUUGGAUCACAUCCUAUGAAAGCACUUGUGUGUGCACAGAAAGGACAGCCAAGCCAAUGUUGAUCCUCAAAGUGACAAUGGCAGCAGCUUUCACCUCCCAUGAUGGUCCAGCCGGUGUUUCCUGGAAGUGUGCAGGAAAGAUGUCCUUCGAGGGAGCCCGGCUCAGCAUGCGGAACAGGAGGAACGGCACGCUGGGCAGCACGCGGACUCUGUACUCCAGCGUGUCUCGGAGCACGGAUGUGUCCUACAGCGACAGUGACUUGAUGAACUUUAUUCAAGCAAAUUUUAAGAAACGAGAAUGCGUCUUCUUUACCAAAGAUUCCAAGGCCAUGGAAAACGUGUGCAAGUGUGGUUAUACCCAGAGCCAGCACAUGGAAGGCACCCAGGUCAACGAAACCGAGAAAUGGAACUACAAGAAGCACACCAAAGAGGUUCCCACCGAUGCCUUCGGGGACAUUCAGUUUGAGUCACUGGGGAGGAAAGGAAAGUAUAUCCGUCUGUCCUGCGACACGGACUCGGAAAUCCUCUACGAGCUGCUGACCCAGCACUGGCACCUGAAAACCCCCAACCUGGUCAUUUCCGUGACCGGCGGCGCCAAAAACUUCGCCCUGAAGCCGCGCAUGCGCAAGAUCUUCAGCCGGCUGAUCUACAUCGCGCAGUCCAAAGGUGCCUGGAUUCUCACGGGAGGCACCCAUUAUGGCUUGAUGAAGUUCAUCGGGGAGGUGGUGAGAGACAACACCAUCAGCAGGAACUCCGAAGAGAACAUUGUGGCCAUUGGCAUCGCGGCCUGGGGCAUGGUCUCCAACCGGGACACCCUCAUCAGGAGCUGUGAAGCUGAGGGCUAUUUCUCAGCUCAGUACAUUAUGGAUGACUUCACGAGAGACCCUCUGUAUAUCCUGGACAACAAUCAUACCCACUUGCUGCUUGUGGACAACGGAUGUCAUGGGCACCCCACCAUCGAAGCCAAGCUCCGGAGUCAGCUGGAGAAGUACAUCUCCGAGCGCACGAGUCAAGAUUCCAACUAUGGUGGUAAAAUCCCUAUUGUGUGUUUUGCCCAAGGAGGUGGAAGAGAAACAUUGAAAGCCAUCAACACUGCCAUCAAAAGUAAGAUUCCUUGCGUGGUAGUGGAAGGGUCAGGGCAGAUUGCCGACGUGAUUGCCAGCCUGGUGGAGCUGGAGGAAGCCUUGACAUCUUCUAUGGUCAAGGAGAAGCUGGUACGCUUUUUACCCCGCACAGUGUCCCGGCUGCCUGAGGAGGAGAUCGAGAACUGGAUCAAAUGGCUCAAAGAAAUCCUUGAGAGCUCUCACCUGUUAACAGUCAUUAAGAUGGAGGAGGCUGGGGAUGAGAUUGUGAGCAGUGCCAUUUCCUAUGCCCUGUACAAAGCCUUCAGCACUAAUGAGCAAGACAAGGACAAUUGGAGCGGGCAGCUGAGGCUCCUGCUGGAGUGGAACCAGCUGGAGCUCGCCAGUGAUGAGAUCUUCACCAACGACCGGCGCUGGGAGUCUGCAGACCUCCAGGAAGUCAUGUUUACAGCUCUCAUAAAGGACAGGCCCAAAUUUGUCCGCCUCUUUCUGGAGAAUGGCUUGAACCUGCAGAAGUUCCUCACGGAUGACGUCCUCUCCGAACUCUUCUCUAACCACUUCAGCACUCUCGUGUAUCGGAACUUGCAGAUUGCCAAGAAUUCCUACAAUGAUGCCCUUCUCACCUUCGUCUGGAAGCUGGUUGCAAACUUCCGAAGAAGCUUCUGGAAGGAAGAGAGAAGUAGCAGAGAUGACCUGGACGUGGAAAUCCAUGACGCGUCUUCCAUUACCCGGCACCCCCUGCAGGCUCUCUUCAUCUGGGCCAUUCUGCAGAACAAGAAGGAGCUGUCCAAGGUCAUUUGGGAACAGACCAGAGGCUGUACUCUGGCAGCUCUGGGAGCCAGCAAGCUUCUGAAGACUCUGGCCAAAGUGAAGAAUGACAUCAAUGCUGCUGGUGAGUCCGAGGAACUGGCCAACGAGUAUGAGACCCGUGCAGUUGAGCUGUUCACAGAAUGCUACAGCAGCGAUGAAGACUUGGCAGAACAGCUGCUGGUCUACUCCUGUGAAGCCUGGGGAGGCAGCAACUGCUUGGAGCUGGCAGUGGAGGCCACAGACCAGCACUUCAUCGCCCAGCCUGGGGUCCAGAAUUUUCUUUCCAAGCAGUGGUAUGGAGAGAUUUCCCGGGACACCAAGAACUGGAAGAUUAUUCUGUGUCUGUUUAUCAUCCCCCUGGUGGGCUGUGGCUUUGUGUCAUUUAGGAAGAAGCCUAUCGACAAGCACAAGAAGCUGCUGUGGUACUAUGUGGCCUUCUUCACCUCCCCCUUCGUGGUCUUCUCCUGGAACGUGGUCUUCUACAUCGCUUUCCUCCUGCUGUUUGCCUAUGUGCUCCUCAUGGACUUCCACUCAGUCCCACACACCCCGGAGCUGGUCCUCUACGCGCUGGUCUUCGUCCUGUUCUGUGAUGAAGUGAGGCAGUGGUACAUGAACGGGGUGAAUUACUUCACGGACCUGUGGAACGUUAUGGACACACUAGGACUCUUUUAUUUCAUCGCGGGGAUUGUGUUUCGGCUCCACUCUUCUAACAAAAGCUCUCUGUAUUGUGGACGGGUCAUUUUCUGCCUUGAUUACAUCAUAUUCACUCUGAGGCUGAUCCACAUUUUCACUGUAAGCAGAAAUUUAGGACCCAAGAUUAUCAUGUUGCAGAGGAUGCUGAUCGACGUGUUCUUCUUCCUGUUCCUCUUCGCGGUGUGGAUGGUGGCCUUCGGGGUGGCCAGGCAGGGGAUCCUGAGGCAGAAUGAGCAGCGCUGGAGGUGGAUCUUCCGCUCGGUCAUCUAUGAGCCCUACCUGGCCAUGUUUGGCCAGGUGCCCAGCGACGUGGAUGGUACCACAUACGACUUUGCCCACUGCACCUUCACGGGCAACGAGUCGAAGCCGCUGUGCGUGGAGCUUGAUGAGCACAACCUGCCGCGCUUCCCCGAGUGGGUGACCAUCCCGCUGGUGUGCAUCUACAUGCUGUCCACCAACAUCCUGCUGGUCAACCUGCUGGUCGCCAUGUUCGGCUACACGGUGGGCACCGUCCAGGAGAACAAUGACCAGGUCUGGAAGUUCCAGAGGUACUUCUUGGUGCAGGAGUACUGCAGCCGCCUCAACAUCCCCUUUCCCUUCGUGGUCUUCGCUUACUUCUACAUGGUGGUGAAGAAGUUCUUCAAAUGUUGCUGCAAGGAGAAAAACACAGAAUCUUCUGCCUGCUGUUUCAAAAAUGAGGACAAUGAGACUCUGGCGUGGGAGGGUGUCAUGAAGGAAAAUUACCUCGUCAAGAUCAACACGAAAGCCAAUGACAACUCGGAAGAGAUGAGGCAUCGUUUUAGACAACUGGAUACAAAGCUUAAUGAUCUCAAGUGUCUCCUGAAGGAGAUUGCUAUGAAAAUCAAGUAAAACGACAUGAACUGUCAUGGAAAAAAUCUAAUUGUAGCAAGGUGAUGUCAGCCAAAUGCUAAAGAACAAUUUUGCCAUGGACUACUAAAGGAGAAUUUUUCAGGUCCCUGGAUGCACUGAGGAUGGUGUUUAGGUCUUCCCAGCGUGUCCACAUCUGUGAACAAAGUGUGCGACUGAUUUCACACUUGCAAAAGAUGGAAAGGAAGAGCAUUUCUAUUGUGUGUUUCCACAGAGGAGGCAUCUGUGACUGUCCCUGUCUGGCACCCUGUCCCGAGGGCUGGGUGUUUAAGUCUUUCUCCCUUCUUCCUUCUCCCUUAACUUUCUUACUUUUAACACAAGCAUCAAACAGAAGAACAUCUUUGACAUUUAAAUAAGACCCCGACACGCUUUUAUUCUUGUGUUGUUAUUUUGCUCAUUUCCAGUUGAUUCUCUAGUUUUUUCUGUUUGUAUUAUGGGACUGUAAUACACUGAUAUAUAUGAAAAGACUUCCAAAUCGGGCCAGAUUCUAAAACACGCCAGGGCACAAGGAUCCUCCUUUUUUGGGGGAAAGUAUUUCCCUUCCCAUCUUGCUUCACACUUGUGGAGGGAGGUGCUUGAGCAGUGACCUCCCCUCUGGGUCUCCCCACUAGCACCUGGGGAUCACCCUCCUCCCAACUAUGUGAAAGUCACCCAGAGAACCUGAGAGGCACCCUGGUGGUGUUUGGGUGCUUUUGUUUCUCUUAUUAUUUUUCCCAUUAAAAAGAAUACAGAGGUAUUGUAGAAAAUUAGGCAUCACAGGGAUGUAGAAAGAACAGAAACAGCCCUUCCUUCCUAAAGUAUUCCCUCCACACAUCUCUGGAUGUUUCCCAACCCCAGUUUUUUCUAGUUUUACUUCCCUUAAAACUUUUUACAUAGUGUCAUCCUACUAAAGCUACAAUUUUUAAUAAGCUUUUUCAUUUAAUGUUUUAUUAAAGAUGUUUUGUUUAUAGUCCCAGUAUUCUUAAACAUUAUACUAAUAACUUCAUAAUAUCCAACCUCUUGUGAUUUCCAUAAGGUUGAUCAUUUGAAGUCUGUUUCCAUUGGCCUGAGGAUGAACGUCCUUGUGCAUAAAUCUUUUUUCUGCAUUUGGGAAAACUUCCCAAGGCUAGAUUCUAAGGAAUAUCUAUUGAUUAUCAAACCACUUACAAGGCUUUUACAUAAAUGUAUAGCAAAUAGGAAUUGCUAACUUGAGCAUAAGAUAUGAGAUACACUAAGCUACAACUAUUAAAAUAAAAUAUUGCAUUUAAUCCUUAGCUUAGGAAGAAAUCAAUGUGCUUAUUUCGAUAUUGUGUUGACAUAGAAUUGGAGCGGUAUCUUACUGAGCACUCUGGCCUGGCCUUCUUUGGAACUGGUGUUAUCUGAGCUCAGGAAAGUGCUUGGAGUGCAGACAGCAAUUUAAAUUAGUUUUCCAGCUUUGACUAGACUAUAAACCAGUAGAUGAAGAAAGGAGUCUUAGAAGCAAGCUAUUAAAUGAACAUCUAAUUAGAAAAACUACAAAAGCAUUACCCAAAAAGUCUAUUUUCAUUUUUUUCUGGGCAGGAGUUGAAAGGGCCAUUCAGAUCCUUCUUGACAUUUGCAGGGAAUGAACACAAAUAAAAGGUUCCUUUCUACUUAACCCUAAGAAUGGCCUAAAAGGGACUCUUACACAAUAGGGCCCAUCAGUUCACAGUUUCAGAUGCUGAACGUGGAGGGGAUGAAAUUUACAUGAUAAAAAAGGUCCGUGAAUGGAGAGCUCAAAAUUUUCUCUGUGAGAGGGAAUGUCAUUUCCAUUUCACCACGGCAACUAAAAUACCUGCUGUUUCCAAAACCACCUGGAAGAAGGUGGUGUCUUCUUCACAUGGAUUGGGAAAAAGAUAUAUGGCAGGGAAAAAAAUAUGGCGGUCUGUUAGAUUGUACAGAGACCGAAGCAGUCUGAACCUCUUGCUCUGAAUUCAAGUGGGGAAUCUGAAUUAAAUCAGUAAAUUAUAUUUAAAACUCCCUUGAGGACAGUGUCAUGAAUUUGUGUGUGUAUUCAUAUUUCCACGGCUGGUAUUUCUGCUGGCAUAAGAAAUAGGCCUGUGUGUACCCCCACUUUGAGCGGCAAAAGAGAUUCUCCCAUUGACCCUAGAGUCUUGAACAAUUGCUCAGAAUUCACUUGUAUUAGGCAGGGAACUUGUAAGGGUUUCCAUUUCUGCUUCUCUGCCGGAUGUUUCUGCACUGUUACUCCCUAGGCUUUGUUAAGUUAAAUCGUGACUUCCAGUGUAGCUCAUGGAAAUAGCACAGGCACUGAACAUUCCUCCAAUCAAAGGUGCUACAUCUGUUUGUAGGUACUAAAUGUGGCCGGUGUACCUGUGCACAGUCACUGAGUGUCCGGAGGCUUGGUUUAAAUGAGCGAGUUAAUGAAUUAAAUAGUAGAGGAAUUGUCCUGUGUUGUUUUUGUCAUUCUAUGGAAAAUGAAAAAAUAAAAUAAAAUUCUUUCACUGA